AUGUACUCGCAACCGCUGCCGCCGCGCGGCGGCGCGGACGACGGCGACGACAAGGAAAAGCGCCCACCAACCGGGUCGUCGUCGCACCCGCACCACGGAACCCCCCACGGUCUGCUUCUUCAUCCCUCGCGAGACGCGCUCCGAUCGCGCGUCGGUGCGAUCGCCACGCACGCGUCGCAGGUCACGCGCCGUCGCCGCAUCUCUCUCAACAUCGCCGUCAUGGCGACGCUGGCGCUCUACGUCGCGGUCGAGCUCGCGCGGUACGUCUUCGCGGGCGAGCACUGCGAUGCGCUCCCGGCGUCCGCGCCGGUCGCGAUCCUUCUCGUCGGGAGCGUGCGAGACGUGAACGCGACGCACUGCGGCGCGGCGACGCACGUCAUCGCGCCGCUGCGGCGAAGGGGGCACCGCGUGUCUCUGUUCUUCGCCGUCGACGAGGAGGAGGAGGAGGAUGCGGCGGCGGCGGGAAGGAGGACGGAGAAGGGCGCGGAGAAGGCCAUGGAGGGAAUCCGCCGACGCCGCGCGCGGUCGAGGGCGCUCUUCGGGGAGGAAGACGCGAUCGUCGCUCCGUCGUCGUCGAUCCCGCCCUCCUCCGUCGCCGCCGCGCUCGAGCGCGUUCGACGCGAGCACGACCUCGACCACGUCGAGGUCAUCCCGACCGCGCCGACGCCGACGCCGAGCGCGUGCGUCGCCGCGCUCGACGCGCGCGUGAACGGCCCGCAGCCGGUCGUCUCAUCGUCGACGGGCGCGCGCGGGAUCGCGCCAAACUCCGUCGCGGCGUCGCGGCGUCGCGACGCCGUCGCGACGGUCCGGAAGCACCUCUCCCGGUACCGCGCGCGGAAGAUCGCGGACGACGCGCGCGUCAGGCGCGAGCGCGCGACCGGCGUCGCCUUCGCGUGGGUCGUCCUCGCGCGUCCCGACGUCGCGUUCGCGGAUGACCUCCCCAUCGACCGCGCGUGCGUCGUCCCCGGAGGCAGGCGCGUCAACGUCCCGUGGUUCCACGGCCGCGGCGGCGUGAACGAUCGGUUCAUGAUGGGUCCGCCGGAGGGCGCGGCGGAGUACCUGUCGCUGUACGACCAGCUGUGUCCCGACGACGUCGACGGCGACGACGCGGACGACGUCCGGUUUCGAAAGGCGGCGGCGAAGAUACCGACGGGCGUGGACAGCAGCGAGCGGAUGUACGCGUGGCACAUGCGACGGCGGCACGUCAAGGCGCGUUCUGUCUCACACUGGUCCCCAUACGACCGCGUCGGCGUUGUGAACGCCGUGGACUUCUGGACGCUCUUCCACUUCGUGUUUUACCGCGUCCGGCACGGCGUGCCGCUGGACGAUCGCGCGUCUCCGGAUAACCAGCUCGCGCUGAGCGCGUUCAACCCGUCGAGGGUGAACGCGAGAGAGGUGCUGAUGGAGACGAACGAGUGUCCAGGGUCCUUGGAGGCGUACGCGGAGAGACACGGAGGGUUUUCGUCGUUCGUCGCGGGGCCCGGGGUCGAGUCGGAAGGAGAGGGAGAGGGAGAGGGAGAGGACGGAGGAUUCGGAGGGGCGUCGACGCGCGCGGCGAGCGCGAAUUCGAAUUAUUCCGCGAACGCCACGCGCGCUGGGAACUCUUCGAACGCGACGAGCGCCGCCGCGGCGGCGAAGACCUCCUCGGGCGGCGGCGGCGGCGGCGGCGGCGACCGCGGCGGCGGCGGCUUCUUCUUCGCGCGCGGCGGCUUCAACGACAAAAACGACGACAAGAAGGACGAGGAUCUGUGGCACCCCGCGCGCGCUCGAGGCUCCAUCCGAACCUCCUGGCUCCGGCUCUUCAGCGGCGCCGCGUCCGAGGCGCCGUGGACGCUCGCGCCCGAGUGGAUGGUCGCGCUCGUCGUCCUCGCGUUCGCGCUCAUGGUCCUCGUCGGCGCCUCCGGGUUGUUCGAACAAGGACGGCUGAACACGGGAUCGCACCUGGUGCGGCGCGCGAUCGGCCGCGCGGCGGAGAGGAUCAAGGCGGACUUCACCGAGGCGACGGCGGAGGCGAGGGCGGCGGUGGCGGAGGCGACGGCGGAGGCUGCCGCCGCCGUCGCGGGGGCGGGACGGAGCGCGGAGGAGUGGCUGCAGCAGCGAGGGGCGCGCGUCUCCGUGGACUUUGGGUUCUCGCCGAGGCAUCGGGGGGGGGCGGUGGGCGGGGUCGGCGACCUCGAGUUCGCGGAUCGGUCGAGGCCGCCGCGAUGA